AUGGAGGAGGGGGAGCGGGACGACGGCUUCCUCGACGUGCUGCGGGCGCUGCGCGACGCCGCAAGGACUGUCGAGGCCGGCGAGGGCGACGGCCCGGCGCUGCGGGCGCUGCUCGCGCUCCAGGCCGCCGCCCACGACCUGCUCGCCGGUGACCCCGAGCUGCACCCGCUCUGCCGCCUGCUCGCCACCAUCAGGGCCCUCUCCUGGCGCGCUUCCGAGGAGGCGGCCGGAGGCGGGGUGGUCGGGGGACUGCGGGCCCGGUGCCGGCGGUGCAAGGCGAGGCGGGGGAUCGCGCGCGCGGCCGGGGGCGUCGCGGCGGAGAUCCAGGCGUGGGCGGACCGCGAGCUGGCCGCGCGCCUCGUGGCCGCGCUGAGGGAGCAGGACGACGCCCGGGCGCGCGCGCUGCUGGCGGAGCUGGAGGCGCGGCUGCUGGGGGCGGGGUCAGCGGGGCGGUUCGACGCGCGGCUGCAGGACGCGGUGCUGCGGCACGGCGUGUUCCGCGCGGUGGAGGCCCGGCUCGGGGACCCCGGCGAGGUGGGCGACGGGUGCGCGGCGGCGGCGCUGGCGCUGGUGCGGUUCAACCGGGACGUGUUCGUGGGGCCGGUGCUGAUGGGCCCGGCCGUGGGCGCGCUGGUGGCCGCCGCGGCGUCCCACUCCUCGCCGGCGGCCCUGCGCGCGCUCAACGGGCUGGUGGCGGCGGUCCGGACGCCGCUGGUGGACGAGCUGCACGCGCGCGGGGAGCUCCCGCGGCUGGUGGCCCUGCUCUGCGCCCCCGCCGGAGCUCUGCGCGCGCCCGCGCUGGAGCUCUGCCUCCGCGUGGCCUACUACGGCCGGCGCGAGGUGCUGGACGCGCUCCUCGCCGAGGGCCUCGUCAAGCGCCUCCUCUGCCUCCAGCGCACCGCCGCGGACGCCGACACAACGGACACAGCGGAUGAGGAGGAAGAGAAGACGAUGGUGGCGAGCGCGGUGGCGCGGUUUGCGGUGCAGGUGGAGGCGGGGCAGGGGCUGCGGCCGCGGGAGAAGCGCGCGGCGAAGCUGGAGAUCCUCCGGCGGGUGCGGGAGGCGGCCGUGUCGCCCGCCGAGGAGGCCGGCGUGCUCACCUCGGUGCUCUGGGGCGGCACGCCGUAG